GAUAUCACUGUCAACCAUGUUAUGAAAAAUAUAAAUGUAAAAAACCAAUUUCUGAUAAAAAACGAAAUGAACGUGAACAACAAACCGAACAGUCGGAAGGAAUUGAUAUACGUCCUGAAUAUAAACUUUGUAAAACAAAACAUUGGCCAUGCUGUGAAAAAGAUGGAUGUAAUAAUAGUU